CGGUGUCGGACUUCUGACCUGCUUAGGUAGUUGUAGGAUUCUCUCGUAGAGGAACUUUAAUUCAUUAUGGUUCAAGUUCAAAAGAAUGUCUGCUUGAUUGUUAUCGACGGCUGGGGCAUCUCUGAAAACAAAGAAGGAAAUGCCAUUGCUAAUGCUACGGUACCAGUCAUGGAUGCAUUUUGCACUGGACAAAACAAUGCUUACACCACCCUAGAUGCUUCUGGUUUGUCAGUUGGCUUACCUGCAGGACUUAUGGGUAACAGUGAAGUAGGACAUCUGAAUAUUGGAGCUGGAAGAGUUUUGUACCAGGAUAUUGUUAGAAUUAACAUGACCUCUGACAAUAAGGAGUUUUCAAAAAAUGAAGUUUUUGCUGAAGCUGCAGAAAAAGCUAAGGCUUCUAAUGGAAGGUUUCAUUUAUUGGGUUUGGUCAGCGAUGGUGGUGUCCACGCCCACAUCAAUCAUUUAGAGUCAAUGAUUGAUGCAGCUAAGGAGCUUGGUGUUCCCAAGUGUUAUGUUCAGUUUUUUGCUGAUGGAAGAGACACAUCUCCAACCAGUGGAGUGACAUAUGUGGAACAAGUCUUGAAGAAGCUGAAGGACAUCAAUUAUGGCUCACUAGCCACAGUUGUGGGCCGUUACUAUGCAAUGGACAGAGACAAGCGUUGGGAGAGAAUCCAGAUUGCUUAUGAAGCUUUGGUGCAAGGAAAGGGUGAAGAAACUACCCCAGAUAAAGUUAUUGAGGUUAUCAAAGGUCGCUAUGAAGCAAAAGGAGACAAACGUGAAACAGAUGAGUUCCUAAAACCCAUUAUUGUGGACCCUGAAGGAAGAAUAAGAGAUGGAGAUGUCCUUUGUUUUAUUGACUUCCGUUCUGACAGGAUGAGGCAAAUCAAUGAAGCUUUUGGAAUAAAGCCACCUUUUGAAACAAAUGUUAUUCCUUCUAAUCUUCAUCAAAUUACCAUGACACAAUACAAAAAAGAAUUUCCCUUCCCAGUCAUGUUUCCUCCUUUUACUCCAAAGAAUGUCUUAGCAGAAUGGUUAUCUGUUCACAAUGUUCCUCAGUUUCACACUGCUGAAACUGAGAAAUAUGCACAUGUAACUUUCUUUUUCAAUGGUGGCGUGGAGAAACAGUUUGAGGGAGAAACAAGAUCAAUGGUUCCUUCACCAAAAGUGGCCACAUAUGAUUUGAAACCAGAGAUGAAUGCUGCUGGAGUUGGAGAAGAGGUGUGUAACGCUGUUAAAAGUGGCAAGUACCCAUUUGUAAUGUGCAACUUUGCUCCGCCUGACAUGGUUGGUCACACUGGCAAAUAUGAGCCUGCAAUCAAGGGUUGUGAGGCAACUGAUAAAGCAAUUGGUGAGAUUGCCAAAGCAUGUGAAGAGACAGGCUAUGUGUUGAUGAUAAUUCCUUUUAUUAUGACUGGUGGACUUAAGUUUAAAGAAACUACCCACAAUGCUGCUUUGUGUGAUGUUGCUACCACUGUAUUAGAUGUGAUGGGUCUCCCUAUUCCAGCAGAGAUGGGUGGACAGUCGCUACUGGCUAAAUAGGGUGUGGCUUCCUUCAGUAAUCAUGGGUGGUCAUCUGCUUUGCAACUUUAUAGAAAACUUAAGAUGUGGAUUUCCUUAAAGUAACUGUUAGUAAUCACAGAAGUUUAUAUAUUUUAGUUUUUUUCUUGAUAGACAAAAAGUGUGAGAUGUGUUUUAAAAUGAUUAAUGAUAAGCGCAGUGAAAUAUUCCUUCUUAUAAAGGGCAACUGAAUUCUUAACCCUUUAACUCCCAAGAUCUCAUAGGUAAGUCUCCUUACUGUCUGCCAUACAAUUCUUGUGAUGUUAAUCUGGAGAAUUUAGUAUUGUAUCAACUUAUAAUCCCCUAAUUGAUAUUUUUCUUU